CGAAAAGGGACUGAUGAAGGCCCUGCAUCACUCGGACAAACGACGGUGACCUGCGCCUACCUUUGUCCCUAUCUCGUCAUUCCCGCCCAACCUCGACCGAAUGUACGAUUCCGAACCCCUUCCUUCUGCUAGACUCCAUGUGUUCUCCUAGCAAUUUCCUGAAUAUAAGCGACUCCCAAUCGCCCACGCGCGACUGAGCACCGAAACUCAGAAGACUUGAAUAUACGGGAGAGUACAUACACCCAAUACCGACCGGUUCGGAGGGUGAGGUUGUGUCGGGCGCGCGGAGUUAUUCCUCUUUCUCUAUCCGGGCCUUCUUACUUUCUCGCGCUCGUCAUCUCGCGCAGAGCUGCGACCGCGCAGAAUGGAGUCUGAUAAUCCGAAUGGGUACAAGCGGAGCUCGAUGCACCAGGCUUUCUAUAGCCGCCCCGUGGAACGACGUCCCAGCAAGAAAUCAUCCUCGCGGGAUCGCCAUGGCAUGGUCUACCCAGACAAUUUUCGUGAUACGAGUAUACGCACUGUGACCCCGGAGUCUCAGUCCCCCUUGUCCGACGCGGAGUAUCUCACUGGCAACAGUGCGAGCGCGCCGUCACCACGGACCACCAUGCGAUCAAGGACAGUUGAGCGAAGCGAGGAAGAAACGCUCACAGAAGUCAGGAGCCAGCGUACACGAUCACGAACUACGACUUUAGAGGAACAACGGGGAGAUAUGGCGCCGAGUAAUUUCAAGGCAAGGACGCGAAUCGGAUCGGUCAAUGUAGCCAGCUCGUCUCAGCCCAAGAUGGUGGAUACCAGGGUCGCUGAGGAAUCCGCAAGUUCAAUCGGUUUCCCUUCAAUACACUCGCCUAAUUACGUUGGGCAGGCCGUCACACGUCAACGACUUAGUAGAUCCCAGGGAUCCGGCAUGGUGAGCACAGUCGCACAUAACCAAGCCGCCUUCGCAUCGCCCCUAUCGAACACCGAUGCCGCCAAGAUCCUACAAUUGAUGAAAACGACAUGCGGCCGAAUGCACGGAAUCCUUUCCUUUCGAACCGCGACAAACAACUCAUGGUCGGCGAGCUCGUGGACUUCCGGGUAUUGUGCCAUCAACGUCGCUACUGGUAGUCUGAUAUAUCAAGCAAAGGGCGAACCGGCGCUGGCAAAGACAUUGAUCCCCGACUUGCGUGGGUGUCGCGUUCGCACAUUGUUCGAUGCAGAGUUGCAAACUACUUACUUGAGUGUCAAUACUUUUACCUCUGGUCUCGGCAUUCAACUACGACCCCACGUGAACGAGACCUUCGACUCAUGGCUGGCAGCCCUACUUUGCUGGCAGCCCAUCCGACCAAAAGGUGUCCAAAAUAAGAUGACCAAACCACAGGCUGUCGUCAUCGGCGAUCGCCGCAUCCCCGAGCGUCGACGAAACUCGGAGAGUGCUGCACAGAAGGAUGCAGCCAUCAUCAAGGUUGGAAAAAUGCUUCUUUGGGAUAAACCAUCAGCAUCUGGAGCUCGUCCUGCUUCAGUUCGUCGAGUAUCUACAUAUCGGCAAUCCAGGGCCCUGAACUCUUCAUGGCAGCGGGUAAGCUGUACAUUGCAGGAGAACGGUUUCUUCAAGCUUUAUACCGAGUCGGAUGUCACACUCGUGGCAACAGUCCAGCUCUCGCAGCUCUCGAGGUGUGCCAUCCAACAAUUGGACUCGUCAGUACUGGAUGAUGAGUUUUGUAUUGCGAUUUAUCCGCAAUAUACGGCGCACCCUGUUCCCGAUCCUGGCAUGCGUCCUAUAUAUCUCGCUCUUGAGAGCCGCGUCAUUUUCGAGGUCUGGUUUGUGCUGUUACGGGCAUUCACCAUUCCAGAGCUUUACGGCCCCGAGGCCCCCGGUGAUGAAGAGGAUCCCAACAAAACGCCCGAGGCACAGUCUCCCACACAUCACACCCAUGACAUGUUCCGAAUUGAGCGUAUUCUUAACCUCCGAGUCACAGAGGCGAAGCUUUACAAAGCCAAGCCAGAAGAAACCCCUCGCAGUCGAAAAAUGUCGAGGUCGCAUGGGUACUCCGCCCCAUCGCCACCAAAGAUCAGCGAUUACUAUACGGAGGUCCUUCUGGAUGGAGAAAUUCGCGCCAAGACGGCUGUCAAGUAUCGUACGACGAACCCGUUCUGGCGUGAGGACUUUACGUUCAAUGACUUGCCGCCAGUCCUGUCUCAAGCCUCUAUCGUAGUCAAAACCCUCAAUCCGACGCAAAGAGAUUGGACACUCAUCGCACAUGGAACGUACUCUAAUCAAGAUGGCAAUGCAGCGAAUAUGUUGGACGAGAUCGAGAUCUCAACCAACGAUGCAAUCUUUGGGCGAGUUGACCUGCGUCUUGAGGAAUUAGAUCCUGGCGUUGACACAGAAAAGUGGUGGCCUAUUCUGGACGACCAGGACCAGGCUGUGGGAGAGAUGUUUAUGAAAGCCCGAAUGGAGGAGACGGUCGUCCUGAUGUCUGAGGAGUAUGCGCAGAUGCAUGACCUACUCCACGCCUUCACCAACGGUCUGACCAUCAACAUGGCUCAGGUCAUGUCAUCCGAAUUGACUCAACUGUCUGAAAUGCUCUUGAACAUCUACCAGGUCUCUGGAGCAACAGUUGAUUGGAUAUCUGCGCUGGUCGAAGAUGAAAUCGAUGGUGUCCACAAGGAAUCCACUGCCAAUCGACUGCGCUAUACGACAAGGAUCCAUUCUAAUGACUCUCGCGAGUCUGGUCAAGACCGUGAGAUCCUUGUGAGAGACAUGGGACGGACGGCUACUGUUGAAGCGAACCUGCUAUUUCGUGGGAAUUCACUACUCACCAAGGCGCUCGAUCUGCACAUGCGUCGACUUGGCAAGGAGUAUCUGGAGGAGACUAUUGGAGAACGAAUUCGGGAAAUCGACGAAAGUGAUCCAGAGUGCGAGGUGGAUCCUGCUCGUGUGCCACGUACGGAAGACCUCGAUCGCAACUGGCGCAACCUGAUUUCACUUACCACGGGUGUCUGGAAGUCCAUUGCCAUGUCCGUUGCUCGUUGUCCUCCUGAACUGCGUCGUAUCUUCCGGCACGUUAGAGCUUGCGCCGAGGAUCGUUACGGCGACUUCCUCCGCUCCGUGACUUACAGCAGUGUUUCUGGUUUCUUGUUCCUGCGGUUCUUUUGUCCGGCUAUCCUGAACCCUAAGUUGUUCGGGCUGUUGAAAGACCACCCUCGUCCUCGAGCUCAACGUACCUUGACGCUUAUUGCCAAGGCUCUUCAAGGACUGGCCAAUAUGACAACAUUUGGUAACAAAGAACCCUGGAUGGAGCCGAUGAACAAAUUCUUAGUUGGCAACCGUACCGAUUUCAAGACGUUUGUCGACCAAAUCUGCAACAUCUCAGCGGAGCGGCCAGCUGCUAUGAUCACACCCUCUUAUACCACACCUCUGCAGAUUCUCGGGCGCUUACCGGCUACCUCCCGCGAGGGCUUCCCCAGUCUUCCGUUCCUGAUCGACAUUGCCCGAUGCUUUGCAAACUUGAUCCGUAUCUGGUUGGAAGUGGUUCCCGAGCGUCUUUCCGAACUCGAGGAAGUGGACCCCUUCCUGGCCAAGUUCCAUCAGUUGGCCAUGCAACUGCAGGAACGUACCGAAGAUUGCCUUGAUGAGGCCGAGCAGGCCGAACGACCCAGUGGGAACCUUGAGGUUAAGUGGGAGGAAUUGGUCGACUCGAUGGAGCGAGCAGUGACCUUUUACGACGAAACCUCAAGUAAACCUGCGACGCCAGCUCCAGAACCACCACUGGCAGGCAACAAUCUGCCAGUCUCCUCAUCAUCAGCAUCAAACACCCCUGGCCAUCGCGGGUCAAUUGGCUUCUUCGCCACUCGCCCUACCAUGCCCCGUCGAUCAACUGACAAUGGGCCGGAAGCAGAUGACACGCCGCCUAGCUCAUCUUCGGCUACUUGGGAUCAGUCUCGCGUGCCAUUCAGCAUUCCUCGAUGGUCCGAUCCUCGCGAUAGCACCGGCAGUUCUAAAAACUCGUCUACCUAUUCUCUCGAAUACUCGGAGAACGCCAAGGCUCGUCGGUCGAGUGUCACCAAAGAAUCGUCAAGCAAAUACCGCUUCUUUGACUUUGUCCCGGCGCCGUCACGCCGCAAGAAGGAUCGAGACCAGUCUCAGCAUCACUCGCACGAGGAUCUCCGGAACGAGUUCUAAUUGACAAGCAAGUCAUUAUGACUUGUCACAUUCGUCCCCGUCGCUUUGUUCUCUAUAUCUAUGUGCUCAUGAAGUCCACGCUCCAUUUCCUUUGCUCACUUCAUCUUCCAUUUCUCAUCUUCAACUAUCUCCGCCCUUUCCCUUCUCAAUCUCAAUUCUCGAUCGGAUUGAACAUCCACUGAUCUCCUCAAUACUCUUCUCCUCAGCAUGUGUCACGGUGUUGAUACCCUUCUUUCUUCCCCUUCUCUCGAUUCUGUUCUUGUCUCUGAAACCCCCGCUCUUCCCCGCCAUCUAUCCAUUCAUCCCUUUUCAUGUCAUACACAUACCUCCCAACCUUCGCCAGCCAGCCAGGUCAGCUAGUCUGCCGGUCAUCACUCAACUUUUGGAUGAGAGUGAGGAAAAGUUCAAAAGACCAUACCCUUAUAUGAUUCAAUGGACGCUCGGCUUUUACAAAAGAGGCCUUGAGCUUGUGUUCUAUGGGUGUUUUGCGUGGCGAUGCACUUUUGGUGUGCUCGUGCGUGUGAGUAUGGUCAAUGGUUGUUGUCAGCGUGUAUAUACUUGAUUGUAUUCCCCGAAUAGACGGAAUGGACCCUUGUUCUCAGCGUGAUUGAAUUGAAU